CAGCGGCAUUACAAGGUCGCCUAGCUCGUACGCUAACUGCUCUCACGCGCUGAAGAUGUUGUCUGUUGUGGCUCGUGCUGGAACGGUUUCCCCGUAUCUGCGAGCCGCGUGCUUGGCCGUAGCGGGGCCGCUGAGCGCGGUCAGUCCUGCGGCGGUCGUGAAGAAGGACACAGUGCUGCUAGACGCCAAUAAACCGUUGCUCUGUGGUCAUUGCGCCAGGACAGGGCCUACAGUUUCCUCCCGCUUAAAUGCCGUAGCAGGAGUUCGUUUUGCCCACACGGACAUCAGAGUCCCUGAUUUCUCUGUUUACCGUCGACCCGAGGUGAUGGACCCAAAGAAGUCAGCACAGGACAGCGGCGAUGCCCGGAAGGUCUUCUCCUAUCUGAUGACGGGCUCCACAGCUGUAUUGGGCGUGUACGCAGCCAAGACGGUCGUCACACAGUUCAUCUCUUCCAUGAGUGCUUCAGCGGACGUGCUGGCCCUGUCCAAGAUUGAGAUCAAGCUCAGCGUCAUCCCAGAAGGCAAGAACAUGACCUUCAAAUGGCGAGGGAAGCCCCUGUUUGUCCGCCACCGCACAGAGAAGGAGAUUGCUACCGAAGCCAGCGUUAAUCUGUCAGAGCUCCGGGACCCCCAACAUGACAAAGAUCGUGUGACUAAUCCCAAAUGGGUUAUUGUCAUUGGUGUGUGCACUCAUCUGGGCUGUGUGCCGAUUGCUAAUGCUGGGGAAUAUGGUGGCUAUUACUGUCCCUGCCACGGCUCACACUAUGAUGCAUCGGGUCGCAUCAGAAAGGGCCCUGCUCCUCUCAAUCUGGAGGUGCCCUAUUAUGAGUUCCCCGAUGAUGAAACGGUGAUUGUUGGUUAAAGAACUUCAGUUUAUUUUCAGCAUACUCCACAUUGUAUUUGCUGGCCUUCUGUUUGUCAUGCGAUGCAUUGUUGAUGGUUGGUGGUUAGCACAGGAUGAAAUGUAAGUAAAAAAUGUAUAUUUUAUUCGAUGGCAUGUCUCGCAAAGUUCUUCUUUUACCUCAUUAAUCUGUCUCUGAAAUACCAAGGGUUUUAAAUUGUAAGGGUGUGAUUAUUUGGGGGACAGUCAUGUUGUAAAGACUUGUAGAGAGAGAUUCUGUUCAAUCCAGGACUGGUGUAACCUGAGUGUAGAAUACCUGCAGGACAGACUUCAGUCAGUUUUCAUUGGGUACAAGACAAAUCCAAAUAAAUAAUUAUAUCUGGAA